UAAGAGUGUAUUAUGCCUUAUUUUUUUCACCCAUAAACGCUAACAAACAGCCGGAGUACUAUUACUACAACGAUCCAUCCACAAACCCACCUUCUUCUCAUAGUCUUCACGGUUCGUUCCAUUUCGAGAACACACAUGAUGGAGCAACAAGCGAAAAGAGUCGAGGCCGAGAGGCUUCUCGGCAUCGCCGACAAGCUCUUGCAAGGCCGAGACCUCAGCGGCUCCAGAGACUUCGCCAUCUUGGCCCAAGAGACCGAGCCCUUGCUCGACGGCUCCGACCAGAUCCUCGCCGUCGCCGAUGUCCUACUCGCCGCCGACCGCCGCAUCAACAACCACCACGACUGGUACUCCAUCCUCCAGGUCGACCGCCGCUCCGACGAGGUCGAUCUCAUCAAGAGACAGUACCGGCGACUCGCGCUUCUCCUCCACCCAGACAAGAACAAGUUCGCCUUCGCCGACUCCGCGUUCAAGCUCGUCGCAGACGCGUGGGCUGUCCUCUCCGAUCCGGCGAAGAAAUCGCUGUACGACAACGAAUUGAGCCUGUUCACGAAGGUCGAUCUCGUGGCAAUGAAGCAUCAAAAGGGGAAUCAGCAGUUCCGGCAAUCGGAGAGGGACAAUCAGGAUCAGGUCCAGCGGAAAUUGCCGGUGAGACGGGGCCACACGGCGGCAGCGGCGAAUUCGGGGGGUGCGAAGAGGCGGAGCGAGGACGCGAAGCUGUCGAGUUUCUGGACGGCGUGUCCGUACUGUUACAAUCUGUAUGAGUACCCUAGGGUUUACGAGGGCUGUUGUUUGAGGUGUCAGAAUUGCCAGAGGGCGUUCCACGCUGCUCAAAUUCCGUCUUUGCCGCCGCUGGUGCCCGGGAAAGAGGCGUAUAGUUGUUGUUGGGGGUUCUUUCCGUUAGGGUUUUCGGAGGGCGGGAAGAGCGCCGGGUUUCCGAAUUGGAUGCCGCCUAUGUUUCAGGCUGCAGGGAAUACGUCGGAGCCAGCUGCAGCGGCGCAGCCGCCCAAUGGUGGCGCGGUGGAUGGGGCUGGUUUUGUGGACAUUUCCGGAGGAAAUGUGACUCCGGCGGAGCCAGUGGCGAGGAAGAGGGGUAGGCCUAGGAAGAAUGUGUAGGUGUAAUUAGGGUUUUGUAGCGUUCACUACUUGGAUUUGGAUAUGUGAAGUUGAUGAAAGACAGUGAAAAAAUUGCCAAAUGAGUGGUUGAGAUGGGGAAAUGUGGAUCAGUGGAAUGAAGCAGUUGGGUCUGAAGUAGGAAAGUUGAUGUCUUUUUGUUGGAAGGAGGCUGAAGCUGCUCAGUUGGAAGCUUUUACAGGUACUGGAGUACUUGUUUGUAGAAUAUAGAAUUUCCAUUUUGGGUAUUGUUUUGUGAUGUUCUGUUUAAAAAAAAAAACUGACUGUUGCAUAGGGUUGAUGUAUAACUUAUGAAAUGCAAAAUUUGCGAUCUUGGCAAGUUUAGGGUGUUGAAUCAAUCUGUAUUUUGUGAUGAACUUGUUGUAGUUUCAAUGGGUCAUGAUUAAUUGAUUCCGCUAGUUGUUCAUA